AUGGAUCUUGAUAAAUUAAAAAGAUGCAUGGAAAAAUAUAAUAUAUUUCUCGACUUCGACAUCGCCAAUGAUAUAGAACAAAUACAAUACUUAGGAUCGAGAGCUUUAUACUCACAUCGACACCCAUUUGAAAGAGGAAUUCUUGACACUUUCCUUAAAGCUAGAUAUAAUGCAAGAGCUCCUACAAUAAAAUCAAUGACCUUGGAAAAACAUCCUAGAUUCAUGAUCAUAAACGACAUUGAUGCUAAAUAUGCUUUCCGACCUCAAUUAUACAAGCAAUUUGCUCAUGAAUAUUGUGAGGAUGAAAAUUUGUCAUGUAUAAGGUUAUGGAUUUCCGCAAAAAAUCAAAUCAAAUUAUUAAAACAACAAGGGUUUGAUCUACAAGAUCCAAAUAAAACAAAGUUGAAACGUUGGAAUAAACUAGCAUUUUGGGUUUUUUUACAAGAGAAUAAAUUACCCUCUUUUUAUCAAGUUAUGGCUAUCCGUAUGGAUAUAAAAACAGUAUUUCCAAACAAAUAUUUGACUUAUUGGAACAAGUUUCUAAAAGAACCACAAAAUACAGAUUAUAGUGCCAAAGUGAUGGGUGACUUUAUGAACGUGCAUUACCAAGGCCGUUGA